AUGGCUACCGAUGUCUUUCAGAUCGUUCCGGAGCCGGCAUUCGAUGUGAGCGCUCCUGUGAGGCGAGGCGGGAGGACGAAACGUACGUAUCGUUGUCGCCAUUGCGCGCGCAUCUUCAAGCGCAGCGAGCAUUGCGCGAGGCAUGAGAGGGUCCAUACGCAGGAGAAGCCGUUCCCUUGUGCGUUUUGUGACCGGAGAUAUGCGAGAAAAGACCUGGUCAAGAGGCAUGAGCGCACGCUCCACGCUGAAGAAUACCGUAAAGCACAUCCGGAAGAGUUCGGAGCGAGCUCGAUUCACGAGAACAGCGUGUCUGGUGAGGACGAAUAUACUGCGUCUUCCAACGCCACCCAGCGUCCUGUGUCGCCGCUGACACCUCCUACUGAUAUCAAUCCCAACCACGCAAACGACCUCCCGGGACUCAGUCACGUCAUCAAUAUUGACCCAGAUUUCGCACACGCUGUGCAGACCCCUUCGGGAUUCUCGCCACCUCUGUCUGCAAAUGAGGAGUCACGCGGCUUGCUGGAUCAUUCAUUGGGCAAUCCAGCCACCCCGGCCUGUUUUCCGCUCGAUAUAGGUUUGCAGUCCACCCAGAUAGCCACGCUGUCUACCCCGUACGCAUUUGAAUUAGGAGAAGUCGGUUUCGGAUCACCCCACAAGCGACGGCGAAUUGAAAUAGAUCCACGGUUGAUGACAGAUCCGGCGCCUGUGGAAGUUUCGAUGCAUCACCCACCAGCGUACUCUUCGGCCAAUGUUACCUGUACCGAUGCUAUAGACCCAGCUCUAAAUGAUGUUCAUUUUUCCCAAGCAUCGGAUCGGCGACAGUCCUUCGAAUGCGACGUUCCCCCAGUGCCGUUUUGGGACAUAUCGGCCCAUUGUUCAGCGUUUUUCGAGACAGAUAUCUCUGCUGCAAUCAGAUCAGGGCACAAUACGCAAACCCAAGGGGUCGCGCCCCAGGUGCGAAGAGAAAGGUACCCCAAACCGCCGGAAUUCAGGUUUGACGAAGAGAUCUACGCCAAAGUCUGCGAGGACGCCAGAUCAAGAAUGGAAUCGGGCCAACUCUCUGAAGCACUCCUGCCUACGGUGAACGAUCUCGAUCGCUUCUUUUCAGGCUAUUUAGAGUGUUUCCACCCUCACUUUCCCAUCAUCCACUUACCCUCCCUUGAUUUGAGGGAAACGCCAAGUCCGUUGAUAUUCGCCAUGUGCAGUAUCGGAGCACAGUACCGUCUUUCCAGGCAGAAGGCCAAGAAUCUGUUCGCUCUUGCUGGCACUAUGAGCUCUUAUGCUCUCCGUGCAGGGUUGCCAAUCCUUUGUGGGACUCCAAAGCCGGUUGCUCUAUGGAUCAUGCAGACACGAGUACUGCUUUCGCUGUGUGGAAUGUUCAGCGGGAAAACCAGCGUUGUUUUACGGACGGUGGAGAAUCUCGGUCUAUUUGCGAUCGACUACCGGCUACGGACAUCGCUCUUGACUCACACUUCCGACGGGCAUCUUGCGUGGGAGCCAUGGGUCAGUCGAGAGUCGAGCAAGCGGCUACUCUGCGGGAUGUUCAUCGUGUCUAACCUCAUAUCAACAACCUUUGGAAUAACUCCUGGAUUCUCCCAUAUCCACGACUUAGAAUUCGAGGUCCUCGAUGAGGAGAGGCUCUGGAAUGCUCGAACCGCGCAGGAGUGGAUAGACCUGAGAGGAUCGAACGUACUUGGAAAACGGCCCACCGUUCGUGAAACCUUGUCCUAUGUGGUUUCCGACGAGCGAAGUCGCAACGGCAGCCCACCAGAAGAAAUAUCCGGCCUCACUAUGCUUCUGAUAAUGCACGCCGUCAAUAUUCACAUGGGGAGCUUGCGGCAGGUAAUGAGUCUCUCUGGAGGCAUGAACUCAGAGCACUCGCCGCUUCCAACAGUUCAUUCCAUACUCUUGGAAGACGCAUUUUCUACCCUCGCGAAAUGCCACGAAAUCAUCAGCAACACACGAGAAAAUGGAGAUCAAACGGCAACAUGGACUGAAGCCGAAGGCCCACUUAUGUUCAACUGCCAAGGCCUCCUGUUGAUGUCCUUCAUGAGACUCUUCUCAGAUACUAGCGCGUUUAACCGGCUAGCAUUGCUCUCCGAUAACUCGGAUGAUAUUGCAUCUGCCGUUCGAUCGUAUACGGAAGCACCACAGUGGCGGAGCCCAAACUUGACGAAGGUAGUCAGGAAAGCGUACGAAAGGCUGCUAGCGACCGUGCGCAUCGGACAUCUGCUACUUAGGAAGACCGCAGCACUGAGUUGGAGCCUUGAGCACGCUGUUGCCGGAUGGGAUGCAACAUUACUCCUCACCAAGUGGAUUCAUACUAUGGAAACGGAUACGCUUGUUGACCCGCCAGAUGUCGAAGAGCUGGAGAUCCUCGAUGGGCUGAAACAGCUCCUAGCGGAAACAGACUCUGAAUAUGGUGGCAAUUCUCUCGCUGCCGCUGUCGCCCAUUUCUGCUCGACUACUCUGAACGAUGUCUGGGUUUGGGGUGUUACACCGAAGAUGGGAAAUCUUCUCCAGCAGCUGGCACUUGCGUACGAAGAGCGGCAUCAAACUCUGCAACUGGGGCCCUUCGGAUACGUCGUCAAUUAA